CAGGCUAGUGGGUUCAGUGUCAGAAUUCGCCUCCAGCUUAUCUGCUGCUGACCUCCACAUUCGAUCAGGGCUAUGGCGUCCACCCUGCUUUCCCUGACCACAUUCUCUCCGCUUUCAGUGGCGAGAGUCUCAUGCAGACGGUCUGCCGCUCAGAAGCAAUCUAAGCUACGACCACUCGUGGUCGCGUCCGCGGUACAACCGACGAGCCGUUCCGUUCUCACUGGUUCCGAUAAUGCCGCAUGCGUAGCGACAGAUCCCGCCGUGAGAUCAACGGCAACGGCGGUAUUCACAUCCCUCGCGGCGUUUUUCCCGACGGCGCUCCCGGUUCUUGCGGAGGAGGUUGCCGUCGAUGCCGCUGAGGCCGCGGCUGCUGUUCCGGAUUCGCUCGGUUACGUGGUGCUGGCGAUUCCGCUCGUGGCGUAUGGCGGAUUCUAUCUCUUCCGGUCCACGGUGAAUCCCAGGGCUGGCUUCCUGGACUUCGCGUUUGUUCUCGGGGCCACGGUUAUUGUGGCCAACCUCUUGACCUCGUUCAUUCUUAAGGUCCGCCUUUACUGAGUGUUAGCGAGCCCAGAAUGCAAGCAAUGCAUUGCUCCAUAAGCAACAGGAGCACAGUACGAAAUGCUGCUUGCGCCUGUCUAGGUUCACUGCAUCUUUGUAGGAAUGCGGAUUUUGCUGCACGUAGUGGGUCCGUCCGUCUAAAUGCCUCCAGGAAGUCAUCCGCACGCAACGCAAGGCCAUGCAGGCCUGGUGCACUGUACUCGUUACGAGCUGGCGCUUUUGUUUAUAAGUAAUGCACAAUGGAAUUCUCCCAAG